AUGACGCUGUGCUGCUCGGCCCUGCUGCUUGCAGGAGGGUUCCUGGCGCGCGACUGGUGCGACGGGUCCCCCACUGGACCCCUGGCACACGCCAGCUUUGCCCUGCACGCCGACCUGGCCGACAAACUGAAUGGCAAGGAGCGGUAUGGGUACAGGCGCAUGUCAACCUACAGUGUUAGCCUCCGUGCCGGCGGCGGGAAGAAGGGAGGUGCAAGGGGCCGGAAGUCGGCGUCCCUGGGCUGGCUGGAUGCUGACAAUCUGGUCCAGGACAGUCUCAUCGCCACUCCAGAAGAUUGCGCCCAGGUGAAUCCGGAGCAGUUCACACGCACGCUGCUGGAGGAGUCUGGGGCCGAGGUGCGCAUCGCCACGCUGGCGGGCCUCGUGGUGGAAAACGGGGCGGUGGCCGGCGUGCGGCUGGAGCCUCGCGACGGCGGCCCAGCCACCACAAUGCCGGCUGACACGGUCAUCAUCGCCACGGGCGCUUGGACAGGGGCCCUGCGGGCCGCCAUCCCCGGCCUUCCUGCUAUCACCGGCCAGAAGGCCCACAGCAUCAUACUAGCGGACGCCGCGCCGGGCGGCCUGCCCGCCGAGGCGCUGUUCCUAGCGUACCGGGGCACGGAUGGCAAGUCCCAGGAGCCGGAGAUCUACCCGCGGCCCAACGGCGAGGUAUAUGUGUGCGGCGCCAGCACGCCCACGCCCCUGCCGAGCUUCGCAGACCAGGCCGAGGUGCUGCGGGAGCAGGCGUGCUACCUGCCCUGCUCGCCGGUGGGCACCCCCGCCAUCGGGCCGGUGCGUGGGGUGCGGGGCCUGUACGUCGCCGCGGGGCACUCCUGCUGGGGCAUCCUGAACGCCCCUGCCACGGGCCUGGCCCUGGCGGAGCUCAUCGUGGAUGGCGAGGCGAGCUGCGUCUCCCUGCGGGCUUUCGAGCCCGCCCGCGCCGGGUAG